AGCUUGAAAGAAAAUGCCACCCCAACCGAAUUAGUGACAUUUCUUCCUUCUUUCCUCUCCUACUUUUGCUUUUCCUCCGCCACUCGCCCCCGCCCUCGCCGGGCCUCCUCUCCCCCUCCCUACCCGGGGCUGCGAGUGCCCGUGCGGGACUGACACUGUAGCGAGACGGGCUGCGCAGACAUGGAGGCCCCACCGACCAGAGAGGCCUGUGCUGAUACAUCCAGGCCCAGCUAACGGCGCGUCGGAGUGGAUUUUCUAGAACAUCUCGGACGAAAUUCAGGAUAUUCCACGCUCACUUGGAAUAACAUGUAGUCGCCACGUUGACACAAACGGAGGAAGUACACCGAGCCAAAUGAUGUGAAACACCGUUUCUGGACUGCUAAAAGAGUUAAAGGACGGAGAAAGAGGGACGGAUAGACGGAAAGGAUAGAAACCCUCGCAAAGUCAGAAGAGCGUCUUCCUUGUCUCCCCCCCCCCCUCCCUUUUCCCUCAUCCCUUCCCCACUCCCUAUCCUAUAUUCUUCCUGGGAUAAACAUUCCCUACCUGGCAAACCUAAAAGUUUUGAUGGAGCAGAAGAUUCAGGGGAGAACUGCCACACCACCUCUUCUCUCAGGUGUUCCCUCUGGGGAGCGGGAGAAAGAGGGAGGGGUUGGAAAGAUGGAAGAGGAGGAUGACAAGAAGCGGGACAGAGAGAAAGAGGCUUCCAUUGCCUCUGAUGGCACAGGCGCAGGUGCGCCCGGAAGUACUGGCGGUGACCAGUCACAGUUUUCCAUCAAAGAGAGUAGCCUAUCUGAGGGCAAUGUCAAACUAAAGAUUGGCCUUCAAGCAAAACGCAUGAAGAAACCUCCAAAGAUUUUGGAGAAUUAUGUAUGCAGACCAGCCUUCAGGGCCACAAUGAGGAAUUCAGGGCGGGGAGGAGCUGGUGCUCGAGCAAAUCGUGCAGGAAAUACACCUGAUCGACCAGGCGUCCAAAGCCAAAGUCCGUCUCGUGUCAGGGAGAAAGAGAGGGAAAAGAGUCCGACUGUCAACAAACCGGUCCCAUCAUCCUCAUCAAAUGCAUCUUCUAAAGUCUCAACGCCGCCUUCUCCUGGACUUCCAGCUAUCAGCACAGCUUCUCCGGCACCUCCUCAAGUGAAUGGGGGUGUACCAGGAAAACGAGUUCCGCCAAAGAUGGAUUGUCUAUCAGACAUGAAGUCAGAUACUAAAGUAGCUACCGCCACAUCUGAGCGACCCCUGAAUCUUCAUCGCCCUUUUACAGACAGCAAACCUCAUCCCUCGGGAAAAAAAACACCAACUCUACAAUACAAUCAACAGGUAUCAUCACCUUCCUCACCGACAUCUGCAUCAAAAGAAUCUAGCUGUGACGGUGUUAAACCACCCCAAUACACCUACAGCAAUGAAAGCCAAGGAGACAAGGACAAGGAUAUUCAAAGCUGGGGAGGCCCCACAGUAACUGAAAAAUUAGCUCAGCUCAUAGCAACUUGCCCACCGUCAAAGACCCCAAAGCCUGUCAAACCUGCAAAAACUGACUCUGCUGCACCCCUCUCAAGCUCAGGUUUUAUGACUCCCACUGCAAAGCAGCGGGAUAGAGCUAUGGCCAAUCGAAACACCUAUUCAAGAAUGGUUCAUCUCUCUCCCCCUUUACCAGUGUCACGGCCACCUGGUCGGCCCUAUGGUUCUAGGAGCAAAGACUGUGGUAUGGAGGACUCACCCACCUUAACGUCAACAAGAAAGGAAGACAUAGAUGGAACUGGGAAACCUAGUAGCAGCAGUAUUAUCAUGAGCGGUGGAAACAGCAGUUGUGCUGCGCUCAGCUAUGGGAGUAACAGACUUCCUUCUUUGGCGAAGGACAGCAGCAAUGACAACAUAAAUAGUAGCAUUCCGAAACCACAAACUUGUGCUACACUCUGCUCAUCCCUUACCACAAUUUUGCCCUCUUGUCCUGUGUCCUCCUCCCUUACCACGACAACUGAGCAGAGGACAAGUCACAGAGGAUACCCUGCUGCCUCACAAGCAGACCAUGCCCGAGAGACCCCUGUCUUAGCGGAGGAAGCUAUUGCAAGUCUAAGAGAACAGGAAAGGGACAGCUCCAGAGAGUUGACCUAUUGCUCUUCAACAGGAACACCAAAGCCAGAAGGGAAAGACAAAGGGGCUUGCAGUUAUUCAAUGCGAGUUGAGAGAGACAUAAGCUCAAGUCUAUGUAAGCGUAGUCCCACCCGGGAUAGUACUCGUAUUGGUCGGACCAGCAGCCCUCCAGAACCUGUAAGGCCCAUGGAAUCUGUUUCACCUGAGCCAGAUGGUGAAGAUAACCCACAAACUCCUCUUCGGGAUGAUUCUCCUGAUUCGUCUAUAGAUUCCGCAACAGAGCAGGAUAGUAAACCCCUUAAAAAACGUAGAGGAAGGAAGCCCCGUUGGGGUCGUGCUAUGAACAAAUUACAUAAUCAAAGAGCAGGCCAUGACAGUCCCUUUGGCCAGAGCAAUACCACCAUGCCCUUAUCCUCAACCUUGGAAACACCAGUUAAGCGACCUGUGGGGAGACCUCCUAACUCAAAUAAAGGCAAAAUAAAUAUUCUCCCAGAAGGUUCACUGUCCCAUAUUUUCCAACCCCAGCCCAAAAAAAGGGGAAGGCCAAAGUCAAAAAUGCCAACACUUGAUGCACCAGGCUGUGGGCGUCCGUCAAACAAAUUGGUGACAUCUAAGGUUUAUUCUACUUUUUUAAAGUCCAAAGAAGAGCCAGAUCCCCCUGUUCUUCAUCCAGAAGUUGACUUAAACCCUCCUAAACCUAUGCUUCGAAAACGUGGACGCCCCAAGCGGCUCCCACCAACCUUACCCCAAGAGAGUCACCCUCCCACAUUGGCUCCUGAGGCAGCAGACUCGGCAGACAGGCGAUAUCACAACAAAGGAAAUGGUCAACUUAUAAUGAAAUCAAUUAUAGGUAAGAUCAACAAGAUGAAAAGUGUGAAAAGAAAACGUAUUCUUAGUCAGAUUCUGUUAGGGCCAAGAAAAGAAGACCCCCCCAAAGUGAUCCCAGUGGUUGGAUCUGUGGAAACUGGAUCUCAAUCUUUGUCCUCCCUGGCUGCCUCUCUUGGGGGAAAACUUGGACCACAAAUUAAUGUUAGCAAAAAAGGUACAAUAUAUAUGGGUAAGAGGAGAGGGCGUAAACCAAAAGCGGCGUGUGCCACGUCUUCAACAGCACCAGCAGAAACCUUUCUGUCCCCAACUACCACUUCUCCUCUGCAUCACCAUCAAUCUCAGCAACACCACCAGAUUUCCUCCUCAGAAAUGUUUCCUUCCCCUUCUCUCUCCCAGUCUAGUGGAGGCCAUAGUCCUAUUAGUGAUGCUAGCUUUGUCGAGCCAGGAUCCGUGCACUUUGCUGGUCACUCUCACUAUUCAAGCACUCAUAGUCAUAGCACGUUCACUUUCCCUCCACCAACUUUUUCAGCCCCAAAUCUUCGCAAUCCAGUGCUUGGCUCAUCCUUAUCUAUAGCCACAUCAGCCUCUCAGAAAAAGUUGUCAUUCCGUGGACACCACCACCACUAUAGGCAGCACUACAACUAUCACAAGCUAUCUCCACCUCGGCCGCUUCAUCCGACAUCCCCUGCCCCACUCAGUGAACUGAAAGAAGCUACUCCAUCUCCAGUUAGUGAAUCACACAGUGAGGAAACAGUGCCCAGUGAUAGUGGUAUCGGAACAGACAACAACAGUACCUCUGACCGUGGGGAGAAAGCUGGUGGAGCUGGGGGCUUAGGUGGAAUGGGGAUGGCAGCUGGGAUAGGUGGUGGGUUAUUAAUACCAGGUGUUAUUGGCUCAGCUGUGGGUCCAAGAAUCGGACUUAACUCAAGAGGCCGUCGGCGUCACUCUGCUGUACUUGUGGAACAUCCCUCGCCUUCUCCAUCACCACAUGCAUCAAGGUUAUCGCCAGAUCCACUGAGACCUCACCCUGCAGCUCCCUCUACCUCCUUAAUGGGACACAAGGAAAAACAUAAACAUAAGUGUAAACGCCGUAACCAUGGGUGCCCAGGCUAUGAGAAGCUUAAAAGACAGAAAAGAAAACGCAAGAAGAAAUAUCUACAACUCCGCUCUCGGCGGAUAGACCCCAACUUUCUUGCUGAACUAGACGAAAUUGUCAUAGGAAUGAGUGAAAUUCGAAUAGCGCACCGUACCACAGGGCACCGCCUUAGCAGUGGCAUUGCAAUGGCAACAGGAGCAAAGCGAAUGCCAGGAGUGGUCAACCGUGCUAGUGGCUUAAGUGGUACCAGUGGCCCUCCACCACAUCAUUAUAUCCACAGAGAUCUUCUGCCCACAAUAUUCAGGGUUAACUUUGGCAGCUUCUAUUCCCAUCCUGCAUACUCUUGUGAUCCAAUGCAUUAUGUUCGCAAACCAGACAUGAAAAAGAAACGUGGGCGGCCACCUAAACCCAGAGAUUCCAUGUCUGAGGUUGCUUUUGUACCAGGGCUUGGAUUCCCACUGUCCAGUGGGGGAUUCUACCAUCCAUCGUACAGUGUUCCAUACUCCUCUGGACCCCUGGGUUUGGGUUACUACAGGGGCUAUCCUCCAGCUAGUGCUCUAUAUCCUCACCCACACCAUCAGUCUCCCCACACGGCCCAAUCUCACCACUCCCCUCAUUCACCCACUUUCCCCCCUCCUCCCCCCACCCCUUACAUGCAUCAUCACCACCCCUCUCAUCUUCUGCUAAACCCUUCCAAAUUCCACAAGAAAAAACACAAGCUACUUAGACCGGACUACUUGGGGGGAGGAAGAUCCCCUGUCCUUUACCCACCCAUGUCUUCUGAGCUGUCUUUCAACUGGCACCAUAAACACAAACACAGACACAAACACAGAGAGCGAUGUGCCGACGAUGACGGAGAGGAAGAAGAAGUAAUAGGCGGAUCGGGGAGUAGGGCAGGGCCAGGUUUGUCCGAAAGUAGAACAUUAGGAAAAGGAGAGCGACUUGGUAGCUUGGGAAUGGCAGAGUCUUUGCAACAAUGCCGCUUUGGACGGGGACCCUCCAGCAACAAUGCCACCAAGCAAGCGGGUGCUGCCUUAGCAAAUUCUCCAUCUUCUUCAUCCUCUUCUUCUGCAGAUAGGUAUAAGCGCAAAGAAAGCUCAAUAUCCUGUUUAGGGCCUUCCAGACUAGCUCUGGGUAACAGCUCUAAAAGCCAACACUCUGCAGAGUCCUGGUUGAGAAUAGGUAACUCUGAGACCGAUUAUUCGAAGCUUUCACGUCGUCAUGUAUUGCCCAGUCAGGGCCCCUUCUCAGAUGGACGGGCUCAAGAACUGCCUACUUGUUCGGACAGUGAGGACGAGGAGCCUCUCACUCCCACGGAAGAUUUGGAACCUCGAGCCCAUGAUUCUCCAAAUCUUACAAACUUGUUCGCCUCCGCUUUUACUCGCACUAACUUGCGGGAGUGUAGGAACAGAAAGAAUGAGACAGCAUCAGGAAACACCAGCUUCUCUUGUGUGGAACGAAAAAUAAGGAAGGAACCCUCAGCAUCAGCAGAGAAAAGAGAAUUAGAGACCCCAAGUGGUCCGACAAGAAAUGCUGUCCCGUCAACAUCGGAAGGACCUGAAGGAUCUGCGCACCGUCGGCAGCAGCUACAUCACCCGUCGUCUGUGUUUUACUCUCACGGCUCAGCAUCCUCUGCCUGCGUUUUCCCAUCCCAGGACUGUUGCUCCGAUGCUUCCCUGCCCCACCAGUCCCAUCGGGCGCAGCCAUCCAAGCACAGCCUCCACCAUGUAAACAAAAUCCUGCGGGCUAAGAAGCUACAGAGGCAAGCUCGUACAGGAAACAAUAUGGUGAAAAAAAGGGGCCCUGGACGUCCCAGGAAACACCCAUUACCCUCACCAACACCGUCUCCACCGCCUACUGUUGAAAUAAAUCAAACACGGCACAGAGUGGGAGAUCGGCCAGCUGGGGCCAAUGUGUGGGAUGGAGAUACUGUGAAAGAUACCAUAGAGUCAGUUGUCAAAGACCAGCAAAGCAAAGGUCAGAAAAGGAAACACUGGGAGAAAGAUGAUGGUGAGGAAGCGGAAGAGGAAGGGGAGGUAGAAGACACUAUGGAGCAAUUGGCAGAAAGAGAACCAAACUUAAGCAACCUGGUGGCAAGGUCAAGACCAGGAUCUGGAUUGGGAUGGCUUGCCCAGGAGGAUAUCAGUCACUUCCAGAGCUCAUUGGAGAAUAAGGCAGAUGGCCACCCUGUUGAAAGCCAAGACACUAACUCCAAGGAACAAACUUCAGCAAUCCCCAUUACCUCCCAACGAGAGAAGAGACCAGCCAGACCUCCAAAGAAAAAGUUCCAGAAGGCUGGACUUUACUCUGAUGUGUAUAAGACUGAAGACCCACGCAGUCAGCUCCUGCAGCUAAAGAAAGAGAAGUUAGAGUACAUACCUGGGGAACACGAGUAUGGCUUGUUUCCAGCACCCAUUCAUGUUGGAAAGUACCUGAGACAGAAACGCAUUGAUUUCCAGUUGCCUUACGACAUCCUCUGGCUGUGGAAACAUGAUCAGCUAUACAAAAGGCCUGAUGUCCCCCUUUAUAAAAAAAUAAGAUCAAAUGUAUACGUUGAUGUAAAGCCUCUCUCUGGUUAUGAAACAACUACAUGUAGCUGUCGAGCUCCUGAGAACACAAAUGAAAAAGGUUGUCUGGAUGACUGCCUGAAUAGGAUGAGUUUUGCUGAAUGCCCUCCCAGCACUUGUCCAUGUCAUGAGCAGUGUGAUAACCAGCACAUCCAGAGGCACGAAUGGGUGCAAUGUCUGGAGCGAUUCCGUGCUGAGGGCAAGGGCUGGGGCAUCCGUACCAAGGAGAGUCUCCGUUCAGGGCAGUUCAUUAUUGAGUACCUGGGAGAAGUGGUCAGCGAGCAUGAGUUUCGGAGUCGUAUGAUGCAGCAGUACUUUGCUCAUAGCGGCCACUACUGUCUCAACCUGGAUAGUGGCAUGGUUAUUGACAGCUACAGAAUGGGCAAUGAGGCACGCUUCAUAAACCACAGCUGUGAUCCCAACUGUGAGAUGCAGAAGUGGUCAGUUAAUGGGGUGUACAGAAUUGGUCUGUUUGCGCUCAAGGACAUCAGCAGCGGAACCGAGCUCACCUAUGACUACAAUUUUCAUUCCUUCAACACAGAAGAGCAGCAAGUCUGUAAAUGUGGCUCAGAGAGCUGCCGAGGUAUCAUCGGAGGAAAGAGCCAGCGUAUCAAUGGGCUGCCUGCAAAGACAGGUGGGACUCGGCGCCUGGGUAGACUCAAGGAGAAGCGAAAAUCGAAACACCAGCUUAAAAAACGAGAGGAGGAAUCAAGUGACAGCAACAAGUUUUACCCUCACCUAAUGAAACCCAUGUCAAACAGAGAACGGAACUUUGUGCUCAAGCAUCGAGUGUUCCUCCUUAGAAACUGGGAAAAAAUGAGGGAGAAACAGGAGUCGCUCAAACGAGAGGGUGAGCGAGAGAGAGACUCUAGCAGCCUGUCCAUCUAUACCCGCUGGGGAGGAGUCAUCCGUGAUGACGGCAACAUUAAGUCAGAUGUUUUCCUCACACAAUUUUCAGCCCUGCAGACAGCACGGUCAGUGCGCACGCGGAGGCUCGCUGCUGCUGAAGAAAACACAGAAGUUACACGCACUGCUCGACUUGCGCACAUCUUCAAAGAGAUUUCUGACAUGAUUACCAGCUACAAAGAUUCAUCAGGCCAAACACUUGCUGCUCCAUUAGUUAACCUUCCAUCACGGAAAAGGAACACACACUACUAUGAGAAGGUGGCUGACCCUCUGGACCUGAGCACCAUUGAGAAGCAAAUCCUCACAGGCCAUUACAAGACUGUUGAGGCAUUCGACACUGACAUGCUCAAAGUUUUCCGCAAUGCUGAGAAAUACUACGGCAGGAAGUCAUCAAUAGGCAGGGAUGUGUGCCGGCUGCGGAAAGCCUACUACAGUGCACGCAAUGAAGCUGCAGUGCAGAUCGAUGAGAUAGUGGGCGAGACCGCCAGCGAGGCUGACAGCUCUGACUCACUUGAACGGGACCAUGGCCACCACAACGGACCGGGCAGAUCCCAUGACAAGGAUGAUGACAUAAUUCGGUGCAUCUGUGAAAUGUACAAGGAUGAAGGCCUGAUGAUCCAAUGUGAAAAGUGUAUGGUGUGGCAGCACUUUGACUGCAUGCGUUUGGAGGCGGAGGUGGAACACUACCUGUGUGAGCAAUGUGAUCCAAGGCCAGUGGACAGGGAAGUCCCCAUGCUGCCCCAACCUAGCUAUGCCCAGGCUGGCUCUAUCUAUUACAUCUGCCUUCUAAGAGAUGACCUGCUUUUACACCAAGGGGAUUGUGUGUACCUGAUGAGAGACAGCAGGCGUACUCCUGAGGGUCAGCCUGUCAGACAGUCGUACCGCCUCCUGCCUCACAUCAACCGAGACAAACUUGACAUUUUCCGCAUCGAGAAACUCUGGAAGAAUGAAAAGGGUGAGCGGUUUGCCUUUGGCCACCACUACUUCCGACCUCAUGAGACACACCAUUCCCCAUCCCGGCGGUUCUACCAGAACGAGUUAUUUCGCAUGCCACUCUACGAGAUCAUCCCUCUCGAUGCAGUAGUGGUCCCCUGCUGCGUUCUCGAUCUCUACACGUAUUGCAAAGGACGACCAAAGGGUGUGAAAGAGCCGGACGUUUAUAUCUGCGAUUAUCGCUUGGACAAGUCAGCUCACCUUUUCUACAAGAUCCAUCGUAACCGCUACCCAGUGUGCACCAAGCCAUACGCCUUCAACCACUUCCCCAAACGGCUGACACCCAAGAGAGACUUUUCUCCUCACUAUGUGCCCAACAACUACAAGAGAAAUGGAGGCCGGUCGGCAUGGAAAAGUGAGAGAUCCAAAGGAUCUGAAGGCUGUGAGGACGACGGCUCUUCGUGCGAGAGGGGGGAGGACUUCCUGCCUCAGGCGGAGGACAGGAGACUCGAAGAGGACAUGGAUGGGGCUCCGGAUGAUACUGAACAUUUACCGGGCAAACCUCAGAGAGCUGAAGGGGACGGAGACGAGGAGGAAGGGGAAGGGACUGAGGCUGAGGAGCGAAAGGAGCUGGAGGAGAGCUCCGCAGAGAGGAUAGAGGAGAUGCUUGAGCAGCCAACCUCCUCAGCCUGCUCGCCACUUCACCACCCUGCACUGGGCAGGAGGGAGGCCCAAAAGGAACGUCUCAACAAGAUUCUGUUGGACCUGCUGCACAGAACACCCAGCAAGAAUGCCGUAGAUGUCACUUAUCUCCUGGAGGAGGGUGCAGGGCGGCGCCUACGGCGACGGACACUAGGAUUUGGUGAUUUUGUUGGCAGAAAGUAACAUUUCUACUUUGCUGGCAAACUGACUGCCUUGUAAGCAAGAAAGGAAAUGAGCCUAGUUGGCUGUCCGGGCCUUCCAGACCAUAAUGCAUCUUUCGGACCUCCUUCUAUUUUACCUCUUCCAAGACUUGACUUUCUUAGCUGGUAGGGGGGGGGGAAGGGGUUUGGAUUAAAUUGACUAUUUUAAAGGCUUGCUUACUUAGGUCAUCAUAAAGAUGGAUGUAGGAGGAAUAGCCCACACACUGAUAGAUGCAAUAACAGAAAAUGACACGUGGUACGAGUGGGGACCACUGAGUAAGAGACUGAGGCUUUAGUGAGUCAGUGCAGAUGGGGACGCUGAAGAAUUGCUCCCCCUGGAGGCACUUUGCUGCAAUUUAGAAUGCGUCCAAUGAGGGAUGAGCUUUGCUGGUACUUAACAGAGAAGAAGAUGCAAGUUGAGCAGUCUGCUCAGAUGCUGCUCUUGAGAAAGAGGGUGGGUGAACUGCACUUUUGCUACCAUGGAUACUGAAGCUAUCGUGCUAUGUAUCGGCAACAAAAACACACUAAAGUACUGGAUGACGUUAUGUCCUUUCCCUUCUAUACUGUAGUCAGCCUACCCGUGUCUUCAAGGUAAGACCGGAUGUGUGUUUUUGUCAAAGCGUCUUGUUAAGAAAUUUGAUUUUCCUUUUUUUUUUCUCCACCCCAUAGACAAGGUCAGCUUUUCAACUGAUGUGAUUCACCAGCUUAACUAAAUCAGGUGGGAUGGACACCGGCUUGAACUGUAAUGCCUUACUCAGCCGUGCUGUCCAACUUCCUGUUUUUACACUUAGUGUUUCUGUAGUCGACCAGAUUUCAUGAAGAUUUCCUUUUCCUGUUUUUUAAAGAAAAAAAAUUACAAAAAAAAACAAGGGCUUAAUGGCAAUUAACAAUUUUAAAAAAAACUAUAGGAAACAAUGCUUAACAAGAAAUGUGUUGUGAUGGUAAUAUUUUCUUAUAUUUCGUGAGACAAGUGUAUCCUGUAUAUUGGGAGGGGAAUGGAUUGUUUUUGUCUCUAUGUAUUUGUUGCCAUGGAGAAUGUUUAAAAAAAAUAAGUGAUAUCUGGCAAGACCUCCCCCCUUCAAAUGCCUCUGCUUAAAAGGGACACACUGCAGUGUCCUAAUAUUGUAAACUGACCAAUAAUCCAUUCAAAGGUUUAGCUGUACAGUGCCAAGUUAUGUAUAUAGACACAUACACACACACUGAGGGGUUUCUCCAAAAGCAAUAUCUUGCAUUUUUUUUGUUUAUUAUUGUACUGUACAGGACUAUGCCCUAAAUGUAUUGCAGUUAUAAUAAUGCUAAUAUUAUGAUUUAUUUGUAUUGCUAUAAUGAAGACACUUAAACUGGGAGGAUUUUUUUUUUAAUGUCUUGAAAAUUUCACCAUAAUCUGUUCUCGAGCAUAGAAACACAAGUUUGUUGCCUCUAAAUGAAAUUCAUGAACGUGAAGAAUGUCAAAAGGACGGCAUUGGGACACGGCAGUGAUACAGCAACACCUUUGCCACAGAUUAUUGUUAAUAAUACUGCUUUUAUAAAAGGAGAAAAUGCACUCCUUUUUGCUGCAAAGUGUUGAACACUAAAAAAACAAGCCAACAUGAAAAUGUUAUAUUUUUGAGCAGUGACAGAAACAAAGGUGAAACGGUGGAAACCAUGAACACGUUCCUGUUGUUUUUAUUUUAUCUUUCAAAUAGGAAAUGGUUCUGUUUUGUGAUAGUGGUCAUUGUAUAAUGCUUGUACUUGUAUUUGUGUUUUUUUAUGUGAUUUGUUUCGUUCUUUUUAGACAAUCACAAAAUAAGAUGCAAGCAUUGUAAAUGGCAUAUUGGCAUUUUGUGAUGUGUACAGUUUGUCCAAAAAAAAACCUCCCACUCGUUAUUAAAAGUUUGUAAUUAUGAUUCUUAAGUCAUGGGAAAAAUGCUGUUGGUUUUUACGUUUUGUUUUAUAUUUGUUUUUGUUUUUUAAUAAAAAGCACUACAUUAUUGUGAGUUAUUCUUUUUUAUUCUC